CCUUUUGAAGUUGUGUUCUCCUGGUCUUGGUGGAGCCGGGGGAAAAUGCUGCAGGAACUUCUGUGAGGCUCUGGCUCGGGAAUGACAGACCUGUGAGCUGGAAGGGCUGCUCCGAGCCCCACAUCGCGGGCCGGGGGCUUGGUGGUGGCAGUGCCAGCGCUCACUGAUGCCAUGGUGCCGGUGCCACCGCUCACCGGCCCCACUCCUCCCGCUGCAGAGAGGAAGGGACAACCUCAGUGGCACCAGGAUGGGUGCUGUGUCCAGGCUGGGGGAGCUGAUUCACUGGGUGCACUGGUGACGUCGAAGCAUGAAAUGGGGAGAAAAGCCUGGAGCGCCUGGUGUUGAUGGAAGAGCGCGGCGAGGGCUGAAGCAUCGUGGCCGGGGCUGGCUCUGCCGGCAGCGGGGUGCUCCGGCUUCCUCCUCGCCAGUGCUGGCAUCUGAGUCACUUCCAGGCGUCGCGGGGCUGGACCCCAUCAGGUUUUCCUUCCCUUUGCUCGAAAAGCGAGGGCUGAAGGAGGCAGAGGAGGAGGAGGAGGACGGGAGCUGGAGGAGGAUGGCUUUUCACUCACGCAAGCGUCGGGGGCAGCAGGAGCCCUGCGGUUUGGAAGCUCUGGCCAUGGAUCAGAAAGGCUAUCGACGGGGGAGUUUCCAGAGCAGCACCAGUGAUGAAGACAUGCUGGAAAUAGCGGGAGCAUCUCUGGACUUCUCCAUGGCAGACGACGACCCUCCGCUCGACAGGGAGAUGGGAGGAUUUUCCUCAUAUAACGGGGGAGGGAUGAACGGCACCAGCACGAUGAUGGAUUUCCUGGAGGAACCUCUUCCUGGUGUGGGCACCUACGAAGAUUUUAACACCAUAGAUUGGGUGCGAGAGAAAUCCAGGGACCGGGACAGGCACAGAGAGAUCACCAGUAGAAGUAAAGAGUCCACCUGGGCACUGAUCCACAGCGUGAGCGAUGCCUUCUCGGGCUGGUUGUUGAUGCUCCUCAUCGGGUUGUUGGCAGGUUCCUUAGCGGGGCUGAUUGAUAUCUCUGCCCACUGGAUGACGGACCUGAAGGAGGGUGUGUGUUUAGCAGGCUUCUGGUUCAACCAUGAGCACUGCUGCUGGAAAUCCAACACCACUUUCACCGACAGAGACAAGUGUCCCGAGUGGAAGAGCUGGUCCCAGCUGAUCCUGGGCCAUGGAGAGGGGGCUUUUGCAUAUAUUCUCAACUACUUCAUGUACGUUAUCUGGGCCUUGCUGUUCUCCCUGCUUGCUGUGCUGCUCGUGAAGGGCUUUGCUCCUUAUGCCUGUGGCUCAGGGAUCCCAGAGAUCAAAACUAUCUUAAGUGGUUUCAUCAUUAGAGGCUACCUGGGCAAGUGGACGCUGGUCAUCAAAACCAUCACCUUAGUGCUGGCCGUGUCCUCUGGGCUGAGCCUGGGCAAAGAGGGGCCCCUGGUGCACGUCGCCUGCUGCUGCGGCAACAUCUUGUGUCAUCUCUUCACCAAGUACAGGAAGAACGAAGCCAAGCGCAGGGAGGUCCUAUCGGCAGCUGCGGCUGCUGGUGUGUCUGUAGCUUUCGGCGCACCCAUCGGAGGAGUGCUCUUUAGCCUGGAAGAGGUCAGUUACUACUUUCCUCUCAAGACCCUGUGGCGCUCCUUCUUCGCUGCCCUGGUGGCUGCCUUCACCCUGCGCUCCAUCAACCCUUUCGGCAACAGCCGCCUGGUUCUCUUCUACGUGGAGUUCCACAUGCCGUGGCACCUCCUGGAGCUCGUGCCCUUCAUCCUCUUGGGAAUAUUUGGUGGGCUUUGGGGAGCUUUCUUCAUUCGCAGCAACAUCGCCUGGUGCAGGCGACGCAAGACGACCAAGCUGGGGAAGUACCCCGUGCUGGAGGUGUUCGUGGUGACCGCCAUCACGGCCGUCCUGGCCUUCCCCAACGAGUACACCAGAAUGAGCACCAGCGAGCUCAUUUCCGAGCUCUUCAACGACUGUGGCAUUUUGGACUCUUCCAAGCUCUGCGAGUACGUCAAUGACUUCAACAGCACCAAAGGGGACGACCUGCCAGACCGAGCCGCUGGCCCAGGAGUCUACACCGCCAUGUGGCAGCUGGCUUUGGCCCUCAUAAUGAAAGUCUUCAUCACCAUCUUCACCUUCGGCAUGAAGGUGCCCUCGGGUCUGUUCAUCCCCAGCAUGGCGGUGGGCGCCAUCGCGGGCCGCCUGCUCGGCGUGGCUGUGGAGCAACUGGCCUUUUACCACCACGACUGGGCCAUCUUCAGCGGCUGGUGCAGCCCGGGAGCCGACUGCAUCACCCCCGGCCUCUACGCCAUGGUGGGGGCCGCGGCCUGUCUGGGUGGGGUGACCCGAAUGACUGUGUCGCUGGUGGUCAUCAUGUUUGAGCUCACCGGUGGGCUGGAGUACAUCGUUCCUCUGAUGGCAGCAGCCAUGACCAGCAAGUGGGUGGCCGACGCCAUCGGGCGGGAGGGCAUUUACGAUGCCCAUAUUCGCCUCAAUGGAUACCCUUUCUUGGAAGCCAAGGAGGAGUUCUCACACAAGACGCUCGCCAUGGACGUCAUGAGGCCACGGAGGAAUGAUCCUCCUCUGACUGUCAUCACGCAGGACAGCAUGACUGUAGAAGACGUCGAGACCAUCAUCAAUGAAACCACCUACAGUGGGUACCCAGUGGUGGUGUCGCGGGAGUCCCAGAGGCUGGUUGGGUUCGUCCUCAGGAGAGACCUCAUCAUUUCAAUCGAGAAUGCCCGGAAGAAGCAGGAUGGGAUUGUGAGCACUUCAAUUAUUUAUUUCACUGACCACUCUCCUCCACUGCCUCCGAGCUCCCCCUCUAUGCUGAAACUCAGGAGCAUCCUGGACCUCAGUCCUUUCACGGUGACGGACCAAACGCCCAUGGAAAUCGUGGUGGACAUAUUCCGCAAGCUGGGAUUGCGCCAGUGCCUGGUCACUCACAAUGGGAAGCUGCUGGGGAUCAUCACCAAAAAGGAUGUACUGAAGCACAUUGCACAGUUGGCCAACCAGGACCCCGACUCCAUCCUCUUCAAUUAAAGGCAGAGGUGUAGGUAUCGUGUGUCCCACACGACAGAAACUUUAUAGAAGAUCCUGGAUUUACUUCCCUAUUUUUAUUGAGACCAUGGAACUGUUCUCAGCCUUUCCUUCCGUGGAGCUGAAGAAGAUAAUGUUUUUUUCUACCAGAUAACCAAUUGCACUACAUAAUCUGUGGAACAUAAUCUUCUUUUUAGAAGAAAAAACAAAGACUUUAUUUACAUUGCUUUUGUGAAGUUGCAUUGGAAAGAUUCCAUGAAGGAGUAAAAGCAAAAUGCUAUAGAAUUGUA